AUGAAACGGACAAAGCAUCUGUCAACCACUAGUAAGAAGUUGACAAGUGUUCCAGAAUUACCUUUUAAAAAAGGACUACUUAACUCAUCACCUAAGCUGAAAGAAAAACGUACUGCCAAGCAACUACAUGAUAAAAAUGAACCAAUGGUCCUAAGGUCUCCACCCACAGGAGAAUCAAUUGUACGGUAUGCCUUGCCAAUACCAUCGAGUAAGACCAAGGACUUAAUAGCAGAAGAUGAAAUGGUCAGGAGGAUUGCCAAACACCUGAAGACGGUGGUUUCUACUUUGGAAGACACAUAUGGAGUUGCUGAUGAAGAUGGAGAAAGAACACCCAUGAGACCUAAAGCAGAAGGCGUGUCUUUAUCUGUUGGUGAUGAUAUGAAUUCAUUCUUAUUGUGCUGUUCACAAUUUGCUGCUCAGUUGGAGGAAGCAGUUAAGGAAGAACGUAACAGAAAAAUAUUUCAAAACUUUUUUCAAAGUUUUCAGUGA